ACCCGAAGUCAUCGACUUUCAUGUGGGUUGUCGAGCUCACACAGUCAUGAGAAAUUACCGCCAACUCCGCAAAUUUGUUUUAGAUACGUGCUCCCACGCGCUCGUGCUCGCUAUUGGCGCUUUUGAUUGGUCGUCUACAUAUAGUGUUUAAAAGCGCUUUUCCUCAGACUGCACUCUUUAUUCGCACUGGACUGAUUUGUAGUCUAACUGAAAAUGGUUCGCACGUUCAUUCUGAUGUGUCUUCUGGUUGGUGGGAUAGAGUGUUCUUUAGUCAGGGGUGUAAAACAUUAUUUAUGGACGGAGGGACGUGCUGUUAUUCUAAAAACUGGUCUCAAUGAACUACAGACAGAUCAUGUGAUACAGUGGAAGUUUAAUGGUGAAAGUACAAUCUUAGCAAAGAUCAACAGAGAAACAAAUGAGACGUCAAUACCUGGAAAUGCUGAUGAGAGAUUCAGAGACAGACUGAAGCUGAACGAUAAGACGGGAGAUCUCAUCAUCACACACAGCAAGACAUCCGACUCUGGAGAAUAUAAGAUGGAGAUCAGAGACAAGACAGAGACAAGACACACGAGCUUCGGAGUUUCUGUCAGUGUUGAAUUUAUAGGUGUAGAACAACAUUUAUGGACAGAGGGACGUGCUGUUACUCUAAAAACUGGUCUCAAUGAACUACAGACAGAUCAGGAGAUACUGUGGAAGUUUAAUGAUGAAAGUACAAUCUUAGCAAAGAUCAACAGAGAAACAAAUGAGACGUCAAUACCUGGAAAUGCUGAUGAGAGAUUCAGAGACAGACUGAAGCUGAACGAUAAGACGGGAGAUCUCAUCAUCACACACAGCAAGACAUCAGACUCUGGAAAUUAUAGGAUGGAGAUCAAAGACAGCACAGAUACAAGACACAGGAGAUUCGGAGUUCAUGUUGAAAACUUUGGUGUUCCAAAAGGGUUUGUGCUGGUGAUGUAUGGACGUUCUGUUACUCUAAAAACUGGUCUCAAUGAACUACAGACAGAUCAGGAGAUACUGUGGAUGUUUAAUAAUGAAAGUACAAUCUUAGCAAAGAUCAACAGAGAAACAAAUGAGACGUCAAUACCUGGAAAUGCUGAUGAGAGAUUCAGAGACAGACUGAAGCUGAACGAUAAGACGGGAGAUCUCACCAUCACAAACAUCAAGACCUCAGACUAUGGAGAUUAUAAGAUGAUGAUCAAAGACAAGACAGAGACAAGACACACAAGAUUCAGUGUUAUCGUCAGUGAUUCAGUAAAAACUAAAGAAAAUGAAUUAACAACAGUUGUGAAGCCUUUACUGAUUAAAGCAGAAGAUGAAGUUUGAUCAGCUGAUAGAUGCUCAUCAUCACAUCUGUUACAUCAUCAACAUCUACAGUUUUACUAUCUCAUGAUCCGUCCUCUUUAAAAGAUCAUCUUCAUAUGCUGUUGAGCUCAAUUGAAAAAUAAAAGUUAUUUUUUUAAAUAAUUACUUAAACAACUAUUAGCUAAAUAUAAACAAUAUUAAAAAAGUGUUUGUGUCUGAUCAUUUAUGUGCUUUAAUGGAUAAACUGAUUAUUUAGUAAUGGCUGUUUUAACAGUAAACACAUGCUAGUGUUGUGUUCGAGCUGCUUUAACAUGUUAUACUAAAUACACAAUGCAUGUCAUUAUUAAUAAAUUAAUAAAGUGGUUCUUUGUG